CAUGAGUUUGUAAUGUCCGCCAUGUUGGCCAUGGCGCACUGAGCCGCGGAGGACCAGCGGAGCGCAGCAGCGACACACACCGACGGAGAGCACCGAGACCCGGGCCUGCCGGGGCUCUGCGCAGCGCUGCCACGGACCUUCUCCACUCACCUGCUCGGAAACCGUCCCAGAUUCCUCCAUGAGAACUCAAACCAGACCUGCUGUUACUCCGAGCAGAUUUAUGCGUCUUUUAUCGUGAAAAAAAAAAAAAAAUGAGUAAAUUGUCGUUUCGGGCUCGGGCGCUGGAUGCUGGUAAGCCCCUGCCCGUCUUCCGCUGCGAGGAUCUGCCGGACCUGCACGAAUAUGCCUCCAUCAACCGGGCUGUACCGCAGAUGCCGACUGGGAUGGAGAAAGAAGAGGAAUCGGAACACCAUCUCCAGCGGGCGAUCUCGGCACAGCAGGUCUAUGGCGAGAAGCGGGACAACAUGGUUAUUCCAGUCCCCGAGGCAGAGUGCAACAUCACGCACUACGAGUCCCUCUACCCCGGGGAGUUCAAAAUGCCAAAGCAGCUUAUUCACAUACAGCCUUUCAGUUUGGAUACAGAGCAGCCGGAUUACGACCUAGAUUCAGAAGAUGAGACGUUUGUGAAUAAGCUGAAGAAAAAAAUGGAAAUCACCGCCCUGCAGUUUGAAGAAAUGAUUGAUCGACUGGAGAAAGGCAGUGGACAGCAGCUCGUCAGUCUUCAAGAAGCCAAGCUGCUGCUGAAGGAGGAUGACGAGCUCAUCAAGGAGGUGUUUGAUUACUGGAGCCGCAAGAGGAAAAUCUGCAAGGGUGGCUGCCUCCUCUCCAUCAUCAAGCAGGAGAAGAGGGAUGGAUCUAGCACCAGCGACCCUUACGUGGCCUUCCGCCGACGGACGGAGAAGAUGCAGACCCGGAAGAAUCGAAAGAAUGACGAGGCGUCAUAUGAGAAGAUGCUGAAGCUGCGCCGGGACCUGAGCCGAGCCGUCACCAUCCUGGAGAUGAUCAAAAGGAGGGAGAAGAGCAAGAGGGAGCUGCUGCACCUCACUCUGGAAAUAGUAGAAAAGAGGAACGUGAUGCCAGAUUUUGGCAGCGAGGUGAUGGCAGAAGCUCUGGCUCAGCGGGCUCUGGUGAAGCCCGUCUACACCAUCCCCAUCAUUCCUCUGUCCAACAGUAACCAGUACCGACACCAGGACCACUUGGACAUGAAGGACUACAAGAAGCCUGAGAAGAUCGAGGCAGUACGAACUAAAAGGAAAUACGAAAAGAAACCCAAGAUCCCUCCGUUUUCAACUCCUCAACAUUCAGGGCCGUCUGUGUUCAAUCCCAAGGACCUCAACCAGUACGAUUUCCCCAGCUCAGACGAAGAACCGUACUCACAGAUUCAUUCAGGUUCCUCGGAGGCCGAGGAGGAGAAUGACCCAGAUGGCUGCUAUGCAUUCAGGAGGAAGGCAGGCUGUCAGUAUUAUGCUUCUCGUCCGGACAAGAACGGCAGCUGGCCCUGGGUGAGCCCGUCGGAGGGCGGAAUCGGCGACCCGCGCUUCCGCUACUGUCCGACUUCGCUCAACACGCCGCGGCGCUGCAUCGGUUUGGCACGGCGCCGCGUGGGCAGAGGGGGCAGGAUCUUGCUGGACAGAGCACACACAGAUCUAGACAACAUCUGCCAGAACCUGGACUCCGACCCGGAACCUGAACCACUGGCCUCAGCGCUGUCAGGCUCUCUGCUCCACAACUCCAACACCAGUACCUCAGAAACCAAUACCUCGGACCCUACCAGCUCCUCCCGCGUCCCCUCACCUGCAUCGCCCCCGUCAUCCGCACCCAUGGACCUUAGCCAGAUUCUUUUGAACAUUAAAUCUUGCCGCUGGAGACACUUCAGACCACGGACGCUAUCCCAUCACCCUCUGGGUGGGGGGGACUUGUCUCGCAGAGGAUUUAGGUAUAUCAGCAGAGCCGCGUCGGGACUAUCACGGACCCUCUCCGGAGGGGCCAACGGGCAGAACCGCAGCGGCCCCGCCACUCCUGUCAACGUGUUCACGGCUGAGCAGUACCAGCAGCAUCAGGAGCAGCUGGCCCUCAUGCAGAAGCAGCAGCUGCAGCAGCAACAAGCCAACAGCCCUGCAACAACAACAACCACCACCACCACCGCCACGCAGGUCCUCCUGUCCAAGACGCUGGAUCAGGCCAGCGCCCAGUUCGCUGCUUCGGCCCUCAUCACCACAGAUCAGCUGCUGGCGUUCAAAUCCAAAGAGGAGGUGGUGGUGGCGGCGAGCGGAGUCAACGGCGUCCUAGCAGGGGCAGGUAUUUUCAAAGGUCUGCACCUCCCCGGCACCACGGCAGCCCUUCACCAGACCAACCAGUCGACACACACUACCACCGCCGCCGCAGCCCCGACCUCGCUCCAGCCCUCCUCCAACUCCAACAACUCCACCCAAGCCGCCAACGCCAUCCCCACGUCGCUCAACUCCAGCGCCGGCCACGCCCACGCGGCGGCGGCGCUGGGCCUGCUGGGCUGCAGCGCCGCCGGCACCGCCCCCGCCACCUCUCAGGUCCUCUUCGGGAUCAACAGUUGUCUGAGCGCGCCGUCGGCCGCCAGCCUCGCUGGACGCCACAUCCCCCGCACCCUCGGCAACGUGCCGCCUUCUGCCUUAAAGCUGUCCAGCAGUCUGCAGAUGCCCAAAGUCCCUGGAGCUUCAUCUAUGGACAUGGGCUCCAGGGAUAAUCAUGACGAGGACAAGCCAGCACUGAACAGUUUAGCAGACAACACAGUGGCCAUGGAGGUGACGUAGUAGCGGCACAGCAGAGAGUCCUCUCUUGAAGUGCUUUGCUUCGUAGCAUCGGGAAUGCAAAAGGGACAGCAGGACUCUGACGCGGAAUGACGAGUGGCUGCAUCCGCUCGCUUGCAAUUCUCAUCUCUCAUACUUUUUAAAUCAUUUUGCUUUUUGUCUUUUUGUUACCGUUAAAUAAAAAAAAAAAAGUAAACUAUUGACUUAUGUAAAUUAUGGAUAUGGCAAAAUUAGUAUCUGUACAGUAACUACAUAUUUGUAAUAUCCCCGUGUAUAUACUACUUGAAUACAGAACUGUCCAUUUGUGAUGUUUUGCACUUGGGAGUCAAAUUUAAAGGAAGAAAAGAGUCAGCCAAGUUAACUUGUGGCGAGUUUGAGAGAUGUGAGAGUUGUAUAGAGAAGAGUUUUAUCACAUCAUGUGCAUGGUGCGGAGCCUGCUGUUUUAAUCUAUUUAUUGUGCUGUGUUUACAAAUUUUUUUUUAUUUUUUUUAUUUUUUUAUUUUUUUUGUUUUAGGUUUGGUUUGUUUUAUUUUUUUUUUUAUUUGUACACUGUACCUUUGUUGGUUCCUGUGCUGUAGUAAAUGUUAGGUAGCUACGGACUCCUGGGUAUUUUUGUAUAUUGUGAACACAAAGCAGGUCCCCCCCACCCAACCCCACCCAACGCCCCUCCUGCAUUUAUUUUGUGUCCCUGUGCUUUUUUUCUGUGGAUCAUGUGAAAAUCAGUGGUGACAUACAUACAGACCAGGAGGCCGGAGGAGCCGGGUGGAGGUGAGCAGGCAGGUGACGGAGCGGCUCCAGAGCAGAGGGGGCACCCCAGGGUGGGGGCCCCCCGCACACAGAGCUGCUCCAUCCACGCCGGCCCAGACGCAAGUAACAAAACAGGGAUGAAGUCUCUUCCCAGAAGCUUCUGCUGCUUCAAAUUAAAGCACUAUUUUUUUGUGAUUUUUAAUUAUUUUUUUUUAUAAAUAUGAAUGCUGCUUUUGUAUUUAGUUCUUUUUUUUUUCUUUUUAAAAAAAAAAAAGGGGGUUGUCCUUCAUUUUCAUGCAAGUGGAGUCCCUUGUAUUUGUUUUACCCUACAGACUUUUUUUUGUAAGACAAAAACCUUAUUUUUCUAUGUUUUUUUUUGUUUUGUUUUCCUUGUGGUUAACUUGAUUGUAAGCUUUUUUUUUUUUUGUUUAUCGAAAGACUUCAUUCUUUUGUUAAUUUGUUACUUGUUCAUGCAUAGGUGAAUAAGGGAGGUGAAUGGGCAGUAAUCGCUGUACGUGUUUCAUCAUUCCAGUUUUUAAUAUCAAAAAAAGAUGCUAAGGAAGUGGAGUGAGAAGUUUUCUCAUCCUUUCCUUUUCCUUUUUUCUUUUUUUUUUUUUCUUUAAAAAAAAAAAGAAUCUCCAGACGGCUGCAAGGCCAAAAACCACAAGUAUUGGGUGCCUUCCUUUGGGGAAUUUAAUGUACUCUCUUCUGUGAAGAGUUAGGCACAAAGGCAGCAUUACUUAGUAGUGCUUCUCGUCUUUGUUGGAAUCUGAAUGCCCAGUCCAAUGGCAAGAUGUAUCCUUGAGGUUUACUUGUCCCACCUGGAGGCUGAAAAGACUUAAAAAAAACAAACAAAAAAAUUACAAAAAAAAAAAAGCGACAGAACUCUCACUAAAAUAAAGACAAUAAAGCCCAGGGCAUUAA